CUCACACCGACACCCCUGACAGCCCAAAACGUUCCUCAUCUUUUCGAAGUGAAGAUUUUUUUUGGUGCUUUUCCUCCUGGAUGACUCUUUAUUGAUUGUUUUAAUGUACUAAACUGUUCUUUUGUCCUUCCUGUAGCCCAGGGCAUUUUUGUAUUUUUCGUUUUUCAUGUACAAAUUUUAACGCCUUUCAUCUGUACAAACCAUUUUCAUUUUCAUUCGGACACUUUAUUUCAUUUCCAAACAACUUGAACUUUGCAAUUGCUUUAUUUCGCUACGUCGCUAUUGCUUUUCGUCUCUUUCCCCUGAGAGGACAAAAGCUUCCGCCGAAAAUGUUGGUCCGGGCUACAGCAUUCGUCUUUUCCGCGCUCGUUCGCCUGGUCAACGCGGACUUGCCGAUUGCCUGCAACCACUUUAACAUGAUCGGUUCCUGGGACUUCACCUUUGGCUUGUACGAUGGCGAGAACUGCGGCUGGCAGAGCCCCAACAAGCCCGGCGGACACGACCACUUGACACCAGGUAAAGAGCAAAAGCACGGCGCAUUCAUCUUCUCGUCGCUAUUUUUUCAGGACAUGUAUGUAGUCUUUUUCUUCUACCAGCAUGAAGUUGUUAUCUGUCAUGCCAUUGUUGGACCCUCACUGUUGUCAAAUGCUAUCGAAAAUAAACGCAAUCCAGGUCCUUCCACGAAGAAAGCGAUUCAUCAGACCUACCUCACGGAGAAAUUUGUCCCCUUCGGCGUGAUGUCCGCCGUGAUGACGGACUGGCACAUGCAGCCCGAGAAGUUCACGGACAUGCAGGGGAAUCCGAUGAGCGAGGAGAUGAUGAAGAAGUGGAAGUUUUCCAGCAACGCGUUGGGUGAGUGGACGAUGGUGUACAACCAGGGUUUCGCGGUAACCAUGCAAGACAGCAGUUCUACGGAGAUCCACACGCUAUACGCCCCGUCCAAGUACGUGCUGGAGCCUGGCGUUGACGCCUUUGGCAACGACAUGGUCAAGAACGCGAAAAUCUCGCAUUGUGGUAAGGAUUUUGAUUCUACGAUUCGAGGCGUGAUUCAUUUUUGAAAUUAUUUAUUUCCAUCGGGUUCGUCCGACGUUCAUUAUUUCAUUGAUUCUCAAGCUACACUGCUGCGAAUAAUCGAAAAUAUAAAUAAUCCAGACUGGACCCUUCUUGGGCACUGGAGCACUUUGACGCCGUACGGGCUGGGUGAGAAGUCCAUAGUGGUUCCGAAGGGGAAGUCCAUGUGCUACUACGGGCACCGCACGGGCGGUAUCCCGGACGACUUCGUUCCCCGGCACCGGGCCCCCACCGGCACCCCCGUGGAGGCCCCGGCGGAGCUGGCCAGCCCGAACGCGGAGCAGCAGACGUACAUCGCCGCGAUGCGGGAGACGGAGGGGAAGUUGAAGACCAAGCUGAAGGGGCUGAAGAAGGACCUGGACGGCCUGGUGGCCCACCACCACGAACUGGUUGCGGAGCUCCGCACGGACUCCACGCAGAAGCUGCUCGAGUGGGACCGGGACGAGACCGAAAAGGCGAAGGAGAGCCUGCAAAAGAUCAAGUCCAUGCCGGCGAAUUCGGCUGCGCGCAAGUCGCUGGAGGACAGCGAGAACGCGCGGCGGUCGGAGGCGGCCACGGAACGGCGCAAGCGCGAAUUGACGAUUCAGACGCAAAUCGCGGAUUUGCAGCGGAGCCGCGAGGAGGCGGUGGCCCUGUCCGUCGACACGUCGCGGCUGGAGCACAGCCUCAACACGAAGUUGCGGAAGGACAUGCUCCGCGAGGCCCGGCAGGUGCAGGAGUCGGACGAGGUGAACGCGCGCGCGAAGGAGGUUUCGCAGGAGAAGCAGGGCAUCGUGUCGCGCAGCGCCACGGCUGUGUACAACUACAUCAGCGCGGGCGCCAGCUACCUGACCCCGAAGUGGCUCAGCGACCGGAUCUCGCCCGGCAACGACCCGGAGGCCUACACGCUGGAGUCCAGCUCCUGGGCGGGCUACAGCGUCGCGGUGCUGCGAGUCGCCCUGCCGUUCCUGAUGUUCAUCCUCGCAUGGGUGUUCAUCUUCCACGGCAGCUACAAGCUCUGGGACAUCAGCGACCAGGCCAACCCCGGACAGGACAACGCGCCGUCCUCGUCGAACCGCCAGCUCAAGUCCGUCGCGCUCACAACCUCCGAGGAAGACGACGGAGCGGAUUCCGGUGCGCGGAGGCGAAGCGUACAAGAUGAUUUUUACUGAAAGUGGAGUACACAUUUUGAGUUCGAUUUGCAUUUAUUUGGAACAAUUUCUCCAAAGUAGUUUUCGAAAAGGCAUCCGUAAUUCAGGUCCAGAACACAAUCAAACCCAAUGAUCAUAUUGAAUCCUCAUUAAAUCCCCACUUUAGGGCGCGCAGAACGACAACGAGGACCCGGAUGAGCCGACGACCAAGCUGUUGGUUGACAAGGAUGUUGUCGACGCGCCGACCCAACCACUCACCCCUGCUACGUUGAAGCCCGGCAACAAGGUUGGCAUGUACCCGUCCAUUUUCUCCGAGAAGAGUCGCGCCCGAUUUUACAUCGGAACCGGAGUGCUCCUCCUCGCUGGCUGCUACACGGUGGCGUUCGUGAUGCCCAGCGGCCCGCACGCCCUCGCGAAGCAGGCCGCCGCUGCAACGAGUACCAGCACCUCCGCGAAGCACCAAACCACCACCGAGCACGUGAUCAACCAGGAGAUCGCGGAGAUCGACGAGCAGAUGAAAAUGUUGAACGAGCAGCUCGCCGUCCUGAAGUCCACCACUCCGGACGUGGAGCAGCAGCUCGCGCAGGAGCAGUUGCAACUGCAGUCGGAGCAGAACGUCGCGGAGCGCCAGCGGGAGUUGGACGAGUUGUCGAACCAAGAAGCGACGCUGCGGAAGUCGAUCAAGGAGGUCCACACGGACCUGGUCGACCAGCACGAAAAGCUGAAGGAGGCGGAGCACAAGGUGCGGUUCCAGCUGAUGAACGAGGAAGAACUGCAGAAGUUCCUGCAGGACCGCAGCAAGCACCUGGGCAUCGAGUUGCACGAGCACUCCGACGUGGAAAAGCUGAUCGAGUCGAACGAGGCGCGCCGCAAGAACGCCGUGGACCCGGUCGCCGGGCUGUACGGGUUUUCCACGGGGCAGAACCUGGGGCCGGCCGAAAACCACGCGUCAGAGGAGAUCAACGACAUUGCCCACCAGCUGAAAGUGGACCCCUCGCAGCUCACCCCCGACGAGAUCGGCGAGAUCUGGGGCCCCCGCGCCGGCGAGAUGCUCCGGUUCUACAGCGACGGCCGCACGUUCGAGCUGCAGCACGAGGACGGCACGCGCACGCCGAUCAAGUACGACGACUGGCGCGACACGGAGAAGUACUUUGACUUUCGCAAACUGGUGCUGACCAUCAACGGCAAGGAGUACAGCGAUUUCUCCAUCCCCGCCAUGGAACAGGGCUCCUGCGGAAACUGCUACGCGGCCGCGGCCUCCAACAUGUACACCACGCGCCUCAUCUUCAAGUACCCCGAGCUGAAGGAGCAGUGGGCGGGCGACAACGGCAAGGUGGAAGAGGUGAUCUCCCUGGACCAGCAGACCGAGUGCAACUGGCUCAACGAGGGCUGCGACGGCGGCUACCCCUGGCUCUCGCACAUGUGGGGUUCGCAGCACGACCUGGUCACCAAAUCCUGCUGGUCGUCCCUCAGCGGCGAAGGCGUGCAGAAGUGCGCGAAGAUCCGCAGCCACCAAGACAUGCAGGAGUCGCAAGAGUGCGCGCAGCGGGCGCACUUUCGGUAUUCUCGUUGCUUAUUACAAAAAUAGUAAUAGUUGAAUUUUGGCGAAAAAUAGGUGAAGUUUGCUUGGAAAUAGUUGACCCGCACCAUGUAUAGGCGAAGCCUACCUCAAAUUUUGCCAAAAUAGUUGACUAUUGGUUGAAAAUCGUUGAGUUUCGUCCGUACAUAGUUGAUCACUCACUGAAAAUAGUUGAAUUUUGCCCGCAAAUAAUUGAUGGUUCUUGUCGUUAUCUCAAAAUAUUUGAAUUUUGUCCGCAAAUAGUUAGAUUUUGGGCGGAAAUAGUUGAAUUUUGGCCGGAAAUAGUUGAAUUUCGGCUGCAAAUAGUUGAAUGUUAUAUAUCCGGAAAUAGGUGAAUGUUGUUGGUUCGAAAAUAGUUGAAUGUCUUCCGAAAAUAGUUGAAUGUUGUCCGAAAAUAGUGGAAACAAACGAAACGCGAACCACCUUCCAAACACAGGAUUGCCAACUGGCGGUACAUCGGAUCCGCCUUGGGACGGUGCGGGCACCACAACAUGUGCGAGCGGCUGAUGCGCGAGGAGGUGUUCAAGGGCGGCCCGAUCACGGCGGCGAUGGAGCCUCGCGGCAACGACUACUCGCUGUUUCAGUUCUACAAGGGCGGAAUUCUGCACGAAGUUCCCGAGAUGGAAACCAAGGACGGGGAACUGAUGAAGGUCUACCCUCCGGACAACAAAGCUGACUGCGACAAGACCACCUGCUUCACCUUUCGCAAGCUGGACCACGCGCUGCUGAUUGUCGGGUAAAUUUAUGUGGCUAAUAUUUUUUCAUUUUCUCCUUCCACGUUGUCAGGAUUUUGCAUAGGUGGGUCUUUCUUAUCGCCUUUUGCAUACUCAAAUUUUCGGAGAAAUGGUAUGAAUAUACAAGUAUGCUCGAAACUAACGGUCAAUUAUGCAGGAAGUAGCGGUAUGAUACAUGUUCGAAAGAAAACGCAAUGAAUCAUAAACAGUUGGGGCGUCGACGAGGGGGAGACUUCCUGUUUCUACCGCGGCGGGCAGAACGAUGGGCGCCACAUGUGCGCGAAGCUGACCACGCAGGCGGCGUGCGAGGCCCAGGACACCAUGUGCCGGUGGGGCGGCUACCCGUACUGGAUCCUGCAGAACUCCUGGGGCGAUUCCUACGGUGAGAACGGGUACCUGCGGGUGGGACCCCGGGGCGGAAACCCCUGGAUGCUGGAGGCCAUGUCGACCGUGGCGGACAUGGUGGACGAGCAGGAGAUUGCGAAGCGCGCACACCAGAACGUGGAUGCCCUGUUCAUCGAGAAAAACGUGGGCGUCGGCAUCGCAAACACGGACGGGCUGAAGGAGGCCCAUUCUGACACGGCCAUUGUCGAUCGCCGCGAACAGGACGAUAAGUGAGAGCACAGUGAGGAAAUUUGUUAUACCGGCAGAGGACAGCGACAAUCAUGAACAUCGUCACUGUUAUUCCGAGGCAAUCGGUGGAAAUCUCGAGUUUUCCAGCCUUGCAUUCGCGGGGGGCGUUCGGAAAAAAUUUGUUUUCAUGACAACUUCGAGGAGGAGGAGUUGGUUUUUCAAUUUAGUAACUAUGCCUAUCAGACGCAUUUUCAAUUUUUUUAUUCGGUAACUAUUACAGCAAACACUUUCAUUCUUACGUACUAGUAUCUCCUUUCGCUUUAGAGUUGCAGCUUUUCACUAGUUGCACCUUGUUCAGCACUUCUGGUUUUUGCAUUUCAUUUCCAUCUUCUGCUUUACAUUUUUCACUAUUUUUCCCGUCAGCAUUCAGACUGCUUCCCUCAGUCGUACUUUACGCGCGCUCGCUCUCUCUCUGUCUCUAAAAGCGUCGGAAGUACGCUUACACUGUUGCACAGCUAUCGUUGAACAGCUAGGAGAAGCAGACUUUCAACAUCAUCCGUGCAGAAAAAUUAAAAGACUCCACUUUCGCUUUACAUGUACCAAAUUUAAUUCGUCUUCCAAGAAUAUAGAAUUGAAUCGAUCUACUCAGGCCACCGCACUUACACCAACUGGUGCUCGGAAAGUGAAAUAUGUUUCGCUCUCUUUCGUGCAUGCACUACUACAUACUAUUGAUUCAGAAUGAUUCAACUGUGCCAGCGGAGCAGGUAGAUCUGGGACACGUUGUACGAAUAGCAGCUAAGUGGCGAUGUAGAAUUCGAUUUGACGCAAAUAAAUCCAAAGUUUUUGCAUUUGAAAAAAACUGUAGCUAUGUUGGUCUUUUAUGUGCUCGUACUUGUACCAUCUUUUCGAAAUCGACCGCCGUCAGUUGUGAUCAUGUUGUCCUGUACAGAGAGACCACCGCGGCUUUGACCUGACAGGCGAAGGAUUUUCGAUGAGCAAUCUUGGAUAAGAGCAAAAAGAAAGCUGCAGCCAUAAAGAU